CGCCUACCUUUCUUCUCGCUCUCUAUCGCGUCCGGGCUUUUCGUUCUGGGCCGAAAAUUUAGGUCUUUUUGGGCCGGCUCGCCUUUUUGUGCAGGUUAAACCACACCGCCAAGGUUUCCAUGAAUGAUAUCUGCGCCGCUGAAGGUGCUCUUCCGCCGGUAGCGGCUCUUUCUUCUUCCGGUUUCUGAUUUCCGGAGAUAAGGCCUAGGUUGUUGAUUGCCAAUCUGAAGAGACGUUGAUAGUUCGUCCCUUUUGAACAGAUCGACCUGUUGUUUUGUUUUCCCAAAUCAAGGGAUAAGGAGGUGUAGUUCUGCCUUUUUAAAUCGCUUUCAUUGCAUUGGGUAUUGGUAAAUCAUGGAAUCUUCAGAUGACGAGGAGAUUAUGCCGCAAUCUGUCACGAAUUAUUAUUUCAUAGAUGAGGAGGAGUCACCCAUCUCGUUUGCAGUCUUGCCUGUCCUGUUUGAUGAUGCAGAGAGACCAGGUGCUGCUCAGAGGGAAGUAUUCUUGCGUGGAACUGCUGAUGAAGGCCUUCAGAAAGUAUACAAACAGGUUACUGCCUGGAAGUUGGGAUUUCAAGAUGAUCGGCCUAACGUCAUGGUGCUUUUGACGGAAAACAAAUGGAUAAAUCUUCUGAAGCCGAGGAAGAGCUACUAUGAGGAUACUAUUAGAGCAACAAUGAUCACAUUGGAGAUGCUUCACUUUCUCAAGAAAAGACCAGAGUCAUCAGAAAAGGGCCUUUGGGAUCAUCUGCGUAGAGUUUUCAGCACAUUUGAGGUCAGACCUUCUGAGGAUGACUUCAGGGAUCAUCUUUCACUUAUUAAGCUGUUCACUGAGAGAGAUGAGACACUAGCAAAAUGCCAGUUGUUGCUGGGGUUCCUUACAGAUAAGCCCAGAAAGAGAACUGGAGAGCAGGAAAAAUCUCGAAAUGAUCCAGAUGUAAAGCCGUCAUUUGUUACUGCUGAUGAUGAUUUGGAUGAGGAUACAGGAGAUGAUGAUGGAGAUGACUCUGACGAAGAGUCGGAUUUGUUUGAUUCAGUUUGUGCUAUUUGUGAUAAUGGAGGCGAACUUAUAUGUUGUGAAGGGAGGUGCAUGAGGUCCUUCCAUGCAACCAGACAUGCUGGUGAAGAUUCAGAUUGUAAAUCUCUUGGCUACACUAGGGCACAAAUUCAGGCAAUCCAGAACUUCCUGUGCAAGAAUUGCCAAUAUAAUCAGCAUCAAUGCUUUGCUUGUGGUAAACUAGGCUCCUCUGACAAAUCUGCAGGUGCUGAGGUAUUUCGUUGUGUUUCUGCAACUUGUGGUCAUUUUUACCAUCCAAAGUGCGUUGCAGAAUUACUAUUCGCAGACAAACCAGCUGAAGCAUCUGAGUAUCAGAAAAAGAUUGCAGCUGGGGAGUCAUUUACUUGCCCCGUCCAUAAAUGUAUCAUUUGUAAAGAAGGAGAAAACAAAGAGGUUAAGGAGUUGCAGUUUGCAAUGUGUAGACGGUGUCCAAAGUCGUACCACAGAAAGUGCUUGCCAAGAAACAUUGCCUUUGAGGAUAUAGAAGAAGAAGAUAUUAUCCAGAGGGCUUGGGAUGAUCUUCUUCCUAAUCGCAUUUUGAUUUACUGCCUGAAGCAUACAAUUGAUGAAGAUCUUGGAACUCCAAUAAGAAAUCAUAUCAUAUUUCCUGAUAUUCCAGAAAAGAAAAAACUCACAGAUGUGCAGAAAAAUAAAGUUAAGCUUCUGGCUGAGAAGAAAAGGCAGGUUUCUGAUGACUUGCCCGGAGAUCAAACCUCCAUAAAGUUAAUAAAGGUGGCAGAAAAGCCUUCUAGUGGAGAGAAAAGCCAUUCCACAGGAAAAAAUAGCAAAGGCAUUACAGAGCAAGUACUUCACUCCCAGAAGAAAGUAAAGGCUUUAAAGGAAAGGUCACAAACUCCCUCAUAUAAAGCUGAUGGGGCUGUUAUUGAGGUCAAUAAGAUAUCUAAGAAAGAGAAGGCACUUACUGUUAUUCCAGAAUCUCGUGGGAAAAUAUUAAGCUCCUUUCCUGAGAUAGACAAUGAAACAGAAAAGAAAAUGAGUGCUCUAAUGGAGGAGGCAUCAUCUUCUUUAACAUUGGAAGAUGUCAGGAGAAAGUGCAAAGUACCUUCAACUCAUGCAUAUUCCGCUAGGCACAUUGACAAAAGCAUUACACAGGGCAAGGUUGAGGUUUCUGUUGAGGCCAUUCGAGCAGCUUUACAAAAGCUAGAAAAAGGGGGCAGUGUCGAGGAUGCCAAAGCUGUUUGUGAACCAGAUAUUCUGAAGCAGAUACUGAAGUGGAGUAACAAACUCAAAGUUUAUCUUGCACCUUUUCUCCAUGGCAUGCGUUACACAUCUUUUGGACGCCAUUUCACAAAAGUGGACAAGCUUAAAGAGAUUGCUGAUAAGCUUCAGUGGUACGUGCAAAAGGGUGAUAUGAUAGUUGACUUCUGUUGUGGCGCUAAUGACUUCUGUCAAAUAAUGAAAGAAAAGCUUGAUGCUGCUGGGAAGAAGUGUAAUUUUAAAAAUUAUGAUGUCAUUCAGCCAAAGAAUGAUUUCAAUUUUGAAAAGAGAGAUUGGAUGAAGGUGCAGCCAAAGGAAUUGCCUACUGGAUCACAGUUGAUCAUGGGCCUUAAUCCACCUUUUGGGGUUAAAGGAGCUCUUGCGGACAAGUUCAUUGACAAAGCUCUAACUUUUAGGCCAAAGCUCCUUGUUCUUAUUGUUCCUGAGGAGACGGAGAGAUUAGAUAAGAAGAAGCAUCCAUAUGAUUUAAUCUGGGAGGACAAUCAAAGCCUCUCUGGGAAGUCCUUUUAUUUGCCUGGGUCUGUUGAUGUCAAUGACAAGCAAAUCGAGCAGUGGAAUCUGAAACCACCAGGGCUCUAUCUGUGGAGCCGUCCAGACUGGACAAUGAAGCACAAGGGCAUAGCCAUGAAGCAUGGUCAUGCAUCUGCAGAGCAGCAGGAGCAUCCUGCUGAUGAGGAAAGCCAAGUGGAAAAGCAGGCAGAGGCUAUUCUAGCAAAGGAGCACAAAGAAGGAUAUGAAGAGAAAGAUGCCACCAUAGUAGAUGCGGACAUCAGAAGAGAAGACAAUAAGAGCAGUCGACAAGGCAACAAAAGGAAACCCGUAGAAAAUAGAAAAAAUAAAUCUAGGAAGAGGAGAAAAUCACAGAAAAGGGCUGAGGUAUCUGAAGGACGAAAGCUGGAUGGGUUUAUGGACAUGAGCAGCCGCUCAUCUCCCAAAAAUAGGGACACCAGAAAUCAUUCUGAGAGUCAUCUCACAUCAGAACCAAUUAAAACUCCCUUAGAGCGGGGAAAUCAUCACAGUUCUAACUCUGGGUCUGGAGUGGAAUUUGGAACAUUUUCUGGAACUGGCCGAAGCACUGCUUUUCAUCAUGAGGACUUUGAUGAGAUUGCAACGAAUUAUAUGACUGCCUCAAAUAGAGACAAUCCAUAUAAUAGCAACUCUAAUAAUUGGUCCAAUGGUGGAACGAGCAGUCGGGAAUAUGGGAUCCGGAACUCGGAAGAACGGUACUCAGGCUAUAAGAGAGAUAACAGCGUCAACCCUUUUGGCGGUAGCCCAUAUGCCGGUAAUUUUGAUGCUUAUGGGAGACCAUCAGAAGCAGAUUAUGGGAGACCAUCAGAAGAAGAUUUGCGGGUGGAACAGAGGUUAUAUGGCAUUCAAGGCCAAGAUGAUUUCUCACUGAGGAACAGAUUUUCACUGGGGGGUUUAGAUUCAGGAUUGGCACAGGCAGGGUUCUCAUCAUCUUCCUAUGGGCUCUCUAGUCCAAAUGUAGGAACAUCAACAAUGCAGAGGUACGCUCCUCGUCUUGACGAGACAAACUAUGGAAGGCCCGGAAGUCUUGGUCCAGGUGUGCCCCUUCAUGGCAGAAGUGACAUGUAUGACAUGCCUGGAAUGAGACGGGAAAUGCCUCCCAACCCGAUGAACUUUGCAUCUGGAUCAUAUCCCCCAAUCCCUCCAUCUGUAUUAUAUCCCCCACACCCUCCAUCCUCUGGCGGGUGGCUCUCUGACUGAUAAGGCAGCAAGACUAUUAUGUCUAUCAACAACUUUGACUCCUUUGCAGUUUGUGUCAAGAGAGUUGUGUGACAUGUGACUUUGUUUGGGUUUAACGUGCUAAAAAUCUGAUGGGUUGCUUGGCCUCGACAAUAAGUAGUUGCAUCUGGGCAGCAUACAAUUGGUUUACUGAGACUUGUAUCUGGGCAGCAUACAAUUGGUUUACUGGAGACCAGGGAGAUGCUAUUGCUAAGGUGUUACUGCUGUAAAAUAUACUAGGAGUCUAUCAUCUUGGUUGGAAUCAGUUAAUGGCUUGUCUCUUUUGCUUUCUUGGUUGUAAUCUCUUGGCUUUAUCUGACAUCAGCAGUGCUGCCUGCAUUGUUUUGCAUCUCUGGUGAUUUUGAAAUGUGAUUGAACAGGGAUGGUGCGAAAACAAAGAUGACGAAUCCAUAUUAUUAGUUCAUUCA